AAGGGCCUUCCUCUUUCGGCUUCGGUAAGUGACAGUAUCGGUUACUGCGCUGCGCACUACCUACCGAGACGGCGAGAACAAGAGGAGAAGACGGAGCUUCGAAGCAGAAUUCAGAAACAGCAUCAAUACUCGAAUAAAUCGAAUUGAAUCUCCUUCUUCUUGGACUUCGACUGUUGCGGUUCGAAACCACAUCAAUAGAAGCAGAAAUAGCGUCAAUACGGUCCUGCAUCUGCUUUUGAAAUACCGUGCUCUCAAUUCAGACACCCAAAUUCACGUACCUAACUAUAAGAUAGAAAUCAGAUAUGGCCGCCAAAAACCCUAAGAAGGUCAAUCUCCUUGAUCACCACUCCAUCAAGAACAUCCUCGAUGAAUCCGUCUCCGAGGUUGUUACAACCCGUGGAUUUGUGGAGGACGUUAGGAUGGGCAAUAUAAGACUGGUGCUGGGGCUGGUUAUCAUUGUUAUUGCUCUUUUUGCCCAGUUUUACAAGAAGAAGUUCCCUGAGAACAAGGACUUUCUUAUUGGUUGCAUCACAUUAUAUGUAAUUUUCAACGGAUUAUUGCAGUUGAUAAUCUACACAAAGGAAAAGAACGCAAUCUUGUUUACUUAUCCUCCUGAGGGAUCCUUCACCAGCACUGGUUUGGUGGUCUCCUCAAAAUUGCCAAGAUUUUCUGAUCUUUACACAAUUACAAUCGCUACUUCAGAUCCCAAAUCAAUUUCAGCGGGGAAACCAGUAGAAUUAACCAAAAGUGUUACUCAGUGGUUUACCAAGGAUGGAAUUUUGGUGGAGGGCCUUUUCUGGAAAGAUGUGGAUGCACUAAUAGAUGAAUAUGCAGGAGAAGCCAAAAAGAACAAGUGAUUUAAAACUUUUUAAGGCCUCUUGGAAUAGGUCGUUAGUUGGGCAGAAUAGUUACAGCAGUUCUGCAACUUGAGUACUGAUGUUCAUCAAAAUAUACAUUUUGAAUCCAAACUACAAGUGAUUGAACAUUGAACUUGUGGCUUUUCAUCGAGAAACGAGAGAAAAUCCUUGUGUUGACUUGGAGAAACAAUUAAUAUUGUCCCUUAGAAAGUCAACAUUGUUUGAGCUAAUACAAUUUAUGGUUGGACUAUAGUAAUCCUGUCUUUUUUUUAAAGCAUGGUUGGACAA